AUGUCUCCCCACGCCAGCCAAGCCCGCUCCGUCUACCGCCGUCUCCUCCGCGAACUCCCCGCUCGCACACCCUCCCUCCUCGCCAACCCAUCGCCAAUGCAAAAGCACAUCCGCGCCGACUUCUCCGCAUCGACAGACUCCGCGUCACUUCAACAUCAAGCGACAAAGCCGGUGGAACGACGACUGGAAGAGGCAGAGGAAUACGUCAAGUAUCUGGCUGGUCAGCGGAUGUACACGACUUUGAUCGAGAGGUACAAUCCGGGCAUGAACAUGACGGAGGAGGAUCGUGUCAGGUUGACGGCGAGGAGGGUGGGAAUGGAUUUACCGAUUGAAGUUCUCAAUCAGAUGGGGAAGGGCAAGAAGUGA